CUGUCGAGCAGUGGACACAAUCUACUCUGAUCUAGACUAAUCGGUGUAAUUUAUCGAGGUUGAUCAGCUAUUUUAUUGAUUUUCGGGAGAAAAAAAAAAUCCAAAAUGUUUUACUACCCCACAGUUUUAAGGCAUCAUACUGGAUGCUUUUCUACAAUUUGGUUGGUUGCUACAAAGGGUAUCAGAGUACCUCGACGGGAUUUCCUAAAAGUGAAUGUUAAAAGCACAUGUGAUGACAUUAUGAACUAUGUGCUGGAGCGGGUCCCGCCACCUCAAACUGGUCUGCCUCGACCUCGCUUCUCCCUCUACCUGUCGUCCCAGCUCCAGUAUGGCGUAGUCGUUGUCUACCACCGCCAGUGCUCUAUUUUCCUGGAGGAACUUCACACCAUUGUGGACCAGCUGGUGAAACAGAGGACGACCAUGAAGAUUGACAUGGACGACCAGGGCAGACGACCUCUGAACUUCCCGGAUGCUCUGUCUCUCAUGGAGGAGACGGAAGGAGCUCUGGACCCUUUGUUUGGAGUGAUGCACUUGCAGCAUCCAAUGCCCAGCCCUGGUACACUGAUACAGAUGGGUAAGGACUAUCUGAGAGAAGCUUCCCCUGCGCAUCCUGAGCUGACCAGCCCCACUGCUGCUGUUGCACAAGAAAGCGAUAUAACAGCAUCUCCAGACACCAUCACUAUGAGAGAGUUGGAGCCUGUCGCUAUCCCCAUUACAGAGUUUGAAGGUGUGGAGCUUGUCGAUCAGCAUCCAGAUACUCUCGACUUCCUCUUGGCUCAAUCAGAUCACUUUCCAGGAGAGGAAGAGAUAUUGAGAGAAAAAGUGACUCCAAGAGAGGAAGAGAGGGAGAUAGAAAGGGAAAGAAGAGAGAGAGACGUGGAAAGGAGAGAGAAGGAGCUCACAGGAUCCACUACUGAAUUACAGCCCCGCACCAGUACCAUUACCAGUGAUGACGCCAUGUUGUUGCCUCAGGAAGAGCCUGAUCUGCCAGUGGAGAAGCCAGGACCCCCCUCAGACCAGCUUACCCCCGUUUCUGUACCCGUCCUCCCCUCGCCACCGUCUGUAGCAAGGCAGCGUGAAAGACCAAGCCUGGAGUUAGAGGACGUGUCCCCUCCACAGGUGAAGAGGAGGAAGAGGCAGCUGAUCUUCUUCGACCCGGAGGUGCAGAUCCCACAGGAGGUGCUGCAGCAGCAGAUCGACGACCCUCAGACCGAGACCAGACCUCCACCUCUCAUAUCGCCUUCAUCCCACAGGGGUCCCUCUGUUGCUGAUCUGCUCAACAACCCCUGCACCUUCUUGCCUGAAGCGGUGCAGUUUCUAUGGAGACAGGUUGCAACUAUCACGCCGGUCUCUGGCUCGGACCUGCAGGUUGGGGAGAGAGGGCCCGAGUCCACCGACUCUGAAAAGGAAAGAGAGCGCGAGAUGAUCGAGAUGGCUGAAAGAGAGGAGGAGAGACUUGGGAUCAGCCCCAAAGAGGUCCAUGCAGAUUUGGCAGAAUCAGAGAUGUUUGACACUUCAGCUCUGGGUACACUGCCGUUGGAGGCCUCUGACCAGAGGGAGGUAUCUCGAGAGAUUUCGCCUGUGUACGCAUCAGAGAGAGAAGGGUCCAUUAUCUCCAGGUCUGUUUCUACACUGCAGGACAUCCCGGAGGUGGUGGAUGAUUUUCUGAGGGGAGCAGCAGCUGAGUCUCCGGGGUUGUUGCCGGAGGUGGCUGAGCGUGAAAUAGAACCCAUGCUCUUUCAGUCUCUUCUGCCGCCAGAGGUCGACCGCAGAACUGUCAGCAACAUUUUUCAGAAGCUCCUGGAGGCUAUAUCGCUCAGGAAGGUGUGUGUGCAGCAGGACGAGCCUUAUGGCGACAUCUGGAUAUUACCUGGACCCAACUACGAUGAGGAGUAUCUGAAUUUGUGAUGAGUAUGCAGUUGUUCAAUUCCCCAUGAGCCUCCUGUUCUGACAUUUUCUGUGUUAAAAAGUCUGGAUCCAAACAAUGUAAUACAUUCAAAGUAGUCAUGAAAGUCAAAUGUUUUGUAAGCGAUCAUUUCCUAAGAUUUGUUAUUGAUGCAUCGUGUUGACAUGUUUAAAAUUAUACGUUUUUAAAACAUUUUACCUUUCGUUUUUAUGUAAUUAAGCAGGUUUUGCAUAAUUAUUCCCUGUUUCUAAUGUGACCAAUAACCUGAAUCAACUUUAUGAACUUCCAGUUGAUUUUAACUUUGUUUGUUAUAUUUUUUAAGUUUUCUAAUGAACUCACCUCAUGUUAUUCAUCUACGUCUUUGUUCAAGUAGUGUGUCCCUUUAAACACGAACUACAAAUUAAAAGCGUUAUAUG